AUGAUGUGCGAGGUGAUGCCCACCAUUUCCGAGGACGGGCGCGGUGGCGGAGGCGGGGGCCCCUCGUCUCCGGCGGGCACCGGGGUGGGAGGCCCCGGGGGCGCGUUGGGAGGAGGCAGCUACGGCGGAAGAGAGACCCGGGGUGGAGGUGGGGGAGGAGGAGGAGGAGGAGGGUCGGACGAGGGAGGCAGCACGGGCAACCUGGAGUCCCUCAUGGUCAACAUGCUGACGGAGAGGGAGAGGCUGCUCGAGAGCCUGAGGGAGACGCAGGAGAGCCUGGGGACCGCCCAGCUUCGCCUCCGCGAGCUGGGCCACGAGAAGGAGUCGCUGCAGAGACAGCUCUCCAUCGCCCUGCCACAGGAGUUCGCUGUGCUGACUAAGGAGCUGAACGUUUGCCGGGAGCAGCUGCUGGAGAGAGAGGAGGAGAUCGCCGAGCUCAAAGCCGAGAGGAACAACACGCGGUUGUUGCUGGAGCAUCUGGAGUGCCUGGUUUCGCGUCAUGAGCGCAGUCUGAGGAUGACGGUGGUGAAGAGGCAGGCCCAGUCUCCGGCAGGGGUCUCCAGCGAGGUGGAGGUCCUCAAGGCCCUCAAGUCUCUGUUUGAACACCACAAGGCCCUGGAUGAAAAGGUUCGAGAGAGGCUCCGGGUGGCCCUGGAGAGGGUCUCCAUGCUGGAGGACCAACUGGCAGCUUCUUCUCAAGAGGUAAUCUCUUUAAGAGACCAAAUUAAAAGACGUCAACAAGGGUUGGACAGCGGGAAAGAUCGUCUACCCAACGGACCGUCGUCUGGCCUGGAUGAUGUUGAGCUGGACAGACAGAGGGAGGGAGAAAUAGAGCGACAGCGAGCGGAGCUCUCUCAGCUGAAAGAGAGACUGGCCCUCAUGUGCCGGCAGGUUGGAGAAAUAGAGGAACAGCUUGCAGCCGCCAGGAGGGAGGUGACGAAGUCGGAGGAAGCCAAUCAGAAGCUCCAAAGGGACGUGAAGGAGGCUCUUUGCCAAAGGGAGGAUAUGGAGGAGAGGAUUACCACGCUGGAACGCAGGUACUUGAGCGCCCAGAGGGAGGCGACGUCUCUCCACGACAUCAAAGACAAGCUGGAGAACGAGCUGGCGAGCAAGGAGUCUCUGCACAGACAGAGCGAGGAGAAGAACAGGCAGCUCCAGGAGCGUCUGGAAGACGCCAAGCAGAAGCUCCAGCAGACGCUCCAGAGAGCCGAGACGCUGCCGGAGAUCGAGGCCCAGCUCGCCCAGAGAGUGGCCGCCCUCAACAAGGCAGAGGAGCGCCACGGGAACUUUGAGGAGCGACUGAGGCAGAUGGAGGCGCAACUGGAGGAGAAGAACCAGGAGCUGCAGAGGGCGAGGCAGAGGGAGAAGAUGAACGACGAACACAACAAGCGCCUUUCGGACACGGUGGACAAACUUUUGUCCGAGUCCAACGAGAGACUGCAGCUCCACCUUAAAGAGAGGAUGGCCGCCUUGGAGGAGAAGAACGCGUUGUCAGAGGAGCUAGCCAACAUGAAGAAGAUCCAGGAUGAUCUUCUAGCUAACAAGGACCAGUUGCUAGCCGAGCUGGAGCGAAUUCAGCUGGAGCUGGAUCAGCUGAGAGGCCGGACGGGAUCUUCCUACUCCAGGUCAGACUCUAUGGACCUCUAUGCGGCGGGCAGCGUCAGCUCACUUCCCACCCUUUUUCGAAGAUCUCUUCCAGGGAGCGCCUCGGAGCUGCGGUACCCCCAGGGCGGCGGAUCACUCCCGGCCGGCUACGGCAACUCGUCGGGCGCGGUGGUGGUCCGCCGGGCACACCGCGGCCGGUGGGGGCCGCCGCGCGAUGACGGCAACAAGUAUGGGGACUGGGACAGCGGCUCCAUGUUGGCUCCGGGCUUUGAGGGCGGAGUGGAGGGGAGCUGUUCGGAUGACGAGGAGGACCGAGAGACGCUGUUCGGCUCUGAGCUGCUGUCCCCCAGCGGCCAGACGGACGUCCAGACGCUGGCCAUCAUGCUGCAAGAACAACUGGAGGCCAUCAACAAGGAAAUCAAACUGAUCCAGGAGGAGAAGGAGAGCACGGAGCUCAGGGCGGAGGAAAUCGAAAGCCGGGUGAGCAGCGUGGCCCUGGACGCCUCUCCCCUCCCCCCCUCCUCACUGGGGGGAGGACGGGACAGCGUUGGGAGGGGCUAUAUGACUCCCUCGCUCACCUCCUCCACCUUGGCCUCCCCGUCACCUCCCAGCUCCGGACACUCCACCCCCCGCCUGCCGCACUCUCCUGCUCGGGAGACCGACAGACAGAAUAGCAAAGAGGGUGAAGAAUGCAGAGCACUGGCCCUGAUUGACUCCACCCCUCCUCCCGUCCCGCGUGCUCUCCGAUUGGACAGGAUGACCCACACGCACCCGGGGGCUGGGCUUGAUGACCACCGCGAAUUCCGCAGUCUGUCUGCCGACGGUUCCACCACCGCCAGCCAGGAUUCCCUCCACAAGGCUAGCAAGAAGAAAAGCAUCAAGUCGUCCAUUGGCCGUCUCUUUGGCAAGAAGGAGAAGGGGAGGAUCGGUGGACCUGGACGGGAGUCGGCCUCAUUGGCCUCCACCCCCUCUGAUGACCUGGGUUCGGCCGACCCCUUGGGCCUGGCCAAACUCGGGACUGGAACCGUGGAAAAAGACCGCCGCAGCAAGAAGAAACACGACUUGCUAGAGGAAGCCUGUCGUCAAGGACUGCCCUUCGCUUCGUGGGAUGGACCCACCGUGGUCACAUGGCUGGAGCUGUGGGUGGGGAUGCCGGCGUGGUACGUGGCGGCGUGCCGUGCCAACGUGAAGAGUGGCGCCAUCAUGGCCAACCUGUCGGACACGGAGAUCCAGAGGGAGAUCGGCAUCAGUAACCCCCUACACAGACUGAAACUACGCCUGGCCAUCCAGGAAAUGGUCUCUCUCACCAGUCCCUCUGCACCCGCCAGCACCCGCUCUUCCACCAGUAACAUUUGGAUGACUCACGCGGAGAUGGAAUCGCUCACCACUGCCACCAAACCAGAGCAGAAGGAGUUCAGCUGGGACCAGAUUCUGGCCUACGGGGACAUGAACCAUGAGUGGGUCGGAAACGAAUGGCUGCCCAGUUUGGGUCUGCCGCAGUACCGCUCCUACUUCAUGGAGUCCCUGGUGGACGCCCGCAUGCUGGACCACCUGACCAAGAAGGAACUGAGGGGUCAGCUUAAGAUGGUGGACAGCUUCCACAGGGUGAGUCUGCAUUAUGGCAUCAUGUGUUUGAAGCGUUUGAACUAUGACAGGAAGGAGCUGGAGAGGAGGCGGGACGAUAGCCAACACCAGAACCAAGAUGUGAUGGUGUGGUCCAAUGAGCGAGUGAUGUGUUGGGUGCAGACGAUCGGUCUGAAAGAGUUUGCAGACAACCUGUCAGAAAGCGGAGUCCAUGGCGCCCUCUUGGCUCUGGACGACACCUUCGACUACACAGACCUCGCCCUCCUCCUGCAGAUACCCAAUCAGAACACACAGGCACGACAGCUUCUGGAGAAGGAGUACAAUGCACUCAUCUCUAUGGGAACGGAGAGGAGGCCCGAUGAGGACGGCACCAAGACGUUCACGCGCUCGCCCUCGUGGAGGAAGAUGUUCCGGGAGAAGGAUCUCCGCGGCGUGACCUCCGACUCCGCCGAAACGUUACCUGCCAACUUCCGUGCCUCCGCCAUCUCCACCCCUUCUGUCACCUUGCGGAAAGUCCAGAGUGAAGUGAACUCUGGCCAAAGGAGCGAGUCUGGAUCGGUGAGAACAUACUCCUGCUAA